AUGCCUGUACAAUUCCUCCGCCGCCUCGUACGGCCGUCCGUCAUCUUCAGAACCUCCCUCGCACCCGCACAACCACUCAGGCCCUCAAUCGUUAGCUCGCUUCCCAAAUCGCCGGCUUUUCAACCUCUACCCCCCGCGCGCGCGCACAAGUGCACCCUGAUCCAGGUGCUGCGAAAUGGUCGAUCACAACAGAGAGCUCGAAAGCUGCGAUCCCCGCAGUUGGCAGGCAGGCCGGAAUUGAAGGGUGUGUGCUUGAAGGUCGGCACGACGAAGCCGAAAAAGCCUAAUUCGGGUGAGAGAAAGAUUGCCAGGGUCAGGUUGAGUAGUGGGAAGGUCAUCACGGCGUAUAUUCCGGGAGAAGGUCACAAUGUGCAGCAGCAUUCGGUCGUCAUGGUGCGAGGUGGCAGGGCGCAGGAUUGUCCUGGUGUGAAAUACCAUCUGGUCAGAGGCGCGUUGGAUUUGGGUGGUGUAGGAAACCGGAUCACAUCGAGAUCGAAGUACGGGACGAAGAAGCCGAAGGCUGCAUAA